CAACAACAACAAAAGCUGUCUGCAACACAUCUCGCCCUGGGGAUACACACAUUCCAUAACGCGAUCUAGCUUCUCGAGAAGGGUCCUCGAGGCACAGAUCGCAUGCGGACUACCACGAUCCGAGGGCGCGUCUUUGACGUCAUCACUAACAAUGACACGCUCUAUCGAUGCGUCGAUGGCGUUGAAUUCGCUAGGAGAGAUUAGAUCUGCCUGAAUCUGCGAUUCUGUUGCCCUGCAUAUCGUCAUUUUCCUGUCUUCGUGUGUUUCUAUCACUUUUCCAUUGAUCAAAAUAUUCAGCAGGCGUAGAGCAACAUGCCUGAAAUGCAUCACUACGCUGCCCACGAUGGCCCAUCUAUCAAAGUCACGGAACGCGAUGAUCGCACGAUGCUCAUGAGCGUGCUGAUGCACCUUGUACGACUCUUUCGCAAGCAACUCAACGCCAGCGAGCCAAAUCAUGAGGACGGAUCGAUUAGACUAAACCCUCCCAAAACACGGCUCAAGCCAUGUAUAGCCUCGCACCGCACUGUAUGCGACAUCCACAUCUAUGACAUCAUACCACCGAAGCAACCGACGAAGACGCCCUCGAAACGCAUCUACUAUAUCGCAGGAGGAAGUUGGCAGUUGGCACCGUCAGGGCAGCAUUGGUGGGUGUGCGCUAAGCUCGCCCAAGUGCUGCCAGACACAAUCAUCUCGAUAAUUUCAGUACCGCUGGCGCCCAACAACACAGCAUCAAGUUCUUUCCCUUGGUGCUUGAGGCUCUACCGCGAGUUGAUGAGAACGGCGGAACAUGCAGGCGAAAGAGUCACCUUCAUGGGAGACUCAUCCGGCGCCAAUAUCGUCCUCUGUCUGGUCAUGGAAGCUUUGCGGCAGGAGGCGGAGAAUCCUGAGAUGGAGCAAACACCUCGACCUAUUUCUCUGAUGGUCAUCAGUCCAUCGACCGAUAUGACGCGCAACAACCCUGACAUCCAAAACUUACGCAAGUUCGAUCCCCUUCUCUCGCCCGAGAUUAUCAAAGCGACGGCGAAAGCAUGGCAUGCCGAUGAUGUGGACCCUACAGACCGCAUUGUGUCCCCUAUCAAUGCCGACUUCUCACUGCUUGCCAAGAGUGGCAUCAGAGUGCACGGCGUCACCGCUGGAUACGAUGUGCUCAGCCCUGACGGCAUCGUUUUCCGUAACAGACUAUCUGAAUACGGCAUUCAGGGAGAAUGGCUACAUUGGGAGAAACAGAUGCAUUGCUUCGUAUUGACUGCGCCAUACCGUUUGAGUGAGGGCAAGCAAGGGCUCGAUUGGGUGUUCGAUGUGAUUAAGAGAGAUGGAAUCUGAAAGACAGAUAUAACUUGAGAUACCCAGCUUCAACGUUGAUAGAGCCGUAAGCGCUAACUUUAAUGCCAUUAUUCUCAC